GACAACUAGUAGUUGACACUAUAAAAACAAGUUCCAUGCAUCAUAAUUGUACGUCAAUACUCAUAAUAACUUACUAAACAUGAAAUUUGAUCUUCUUCUUCUUCUUUCUCCCAUGGAAGCCGCCAUUGUCGCACUGUUAACACUCGUAUUCCUCUUCUACUUCAUCCUAUCGACGAAAAAAUCAUCAAAACUACCAUUACCACCGGAAAUUGCCGGAGUUUGGCCGGUAAUUGGUCAUCUUUUCUACUUCAACGACGGUGACAAUCGUCCGUUAGCUUGAAAACUCUCCGAUUUAGCCGAUAAAUACGGUCCUGUUUUCACUUUCCGACUCGGACUUCACCGUAUGUUAGUAAUCAGCAGUUACGACGCCGUAAAAGAAUGUUACACCAAAAACGACGCCGUAUUCGCGAAUCGUCCAGCUUGUCUCUACGACGAAUACAUUGGGUACAAUAACGCCAUACUUUUUCUAGCUAAUUACGGAUCUUACUGGCGAAACAUAAGAAAAUUAAUAAUUCAGGAAGUUUUAUCCAACUCUCGUCUGGAGAAAUUGAAACAUAUGAAGAUCGAGAAAAUUCGAAACGAAAUCAAAAAUCUCAAUUCUCGAAUUCAAAAUAGUGAAGUGAAAUCAGUGAUAAACUUAACCGAUUGGUUGGAGAAGAUGAAUUUUGGGCUAAUUGUGAAAAUGAUAGCAGGGAAAAAUUAUGAAUCUGGAGGCGAUGGAGAUGAAGAAGUGGAGAGAUUUAGAGAAACUUUUAAGAAAUUUCUGGUUCUGUCAAUGGAAUUUGUGUUGUGGGAUGCGUUCCCGAUUCCGUUAUUCAAAUGGAUAGAUUUUCAAGGUCAUGUAAAGUUGAUGAAGAAGACGUUUAAGGAUAUCGAUUCGAUUUCUCAGAGAUGGUUAGACGAGCAUGUGAAGAGGAAUACGGAGGUCAAUGGAGAUGGAGAAUAUGAAAGAGAUUUCAUUGACGUAAUGCUUUCAAAAAUGAGCGACGAACGUCUCCAUGAAGGUCAUUCUCGUGAAACCGCUAUCAAAGCAACAAUUUUUAGUAUGGUCAUGGAUGCAGCAGACACUGUUCCUCAUCACAUAAACUGGGGAAUGACAUUGUUGAUAAACAAUCAACACGUCUUGAAGAAAGCUCAAGAAGAGAUCGACACAAAAGUUGGUAAGGCUAGAUGGAUAGACGACAAUGAUAUCAAGAAUUUAGUGUACCUUCAAGCCAUCGUUAAGGAGACGUUACGUUUAUAUCCACCGAGCCCUUUGUUAGUACCGCAUGAAAACACAAAGGAAUGUGUUGUUAGCGGGUACCACAUACCUAAAGGCACUAGACUAUACGCGAACGUCAUGAAACUACAACUAGAUCCUAAAGUAUGGCCAAAUCCUGAACAAUUCAAUCCAGAUAGAUUUCUCAAUACCGAUAUUAAUUUUCGUGGUCAAGAUUAUGAGUUCAUUCCAUUUGGAUCUGGAAGACGAUCUUGUCCUGGAAUAAGCUACGCGCUACAAAUGGAACACCUAACGAUAGGUCAUUUGAUCCAAGGUUUCAAUUACCAAACUCCAUCGAAUGAGCCUUUGGAUAUGAAAGAAGGAAUUGGCAUGACUAUGCCGAAGGUGAAUCCGGUAGAAGUGAUAAUAACACCUCGCCUUGCACCUGAGCUUUAUGAAAAAUUAAGUUAGAUAUUUCUAUAUUUAUUGAAAUUGAUUAUCGACGCAUAAUCUUAAUAUUUCUACCUCUAUAUUUCAAUUAAUGUACUACUUUGAUUGUAUUUGUUUUCUACUAAUAAAUAACUUUAAGUUGAUCUUA